UUGAUAGCAGUGGGAGGUGCUGGCCUGGCGUAUAAAUACUGCUGUUUGGCAGCCAGACGAUACUGUAGUGUGUUCAGGGCACAUGACAGGAAGCUUCUGAUUCAGUUCACUACUCGAGACGGCGGUGGAGACAAUCACAAGAUGUUGUGGAGUGCUGCUGUGGUCUUCCUGCUGGUAGAGUCAGCCUCCUGUCUCAAGUGUCCUGAUGGGAAAGUGUGCUCUAACCUCCAGACCUGCUGUUUCACUCAGAAAGGCUACGUCUGUUGCCCAGUCCCUAACGCUGUCUGCUGCGCUGACCUAACCCACUGCUGUCCCCAUGGUUACCGCUGUAACACAGCAACCAAGCAGUGCGUGCGUGACGGCCUGCCAUGGGACAACCUUCCCCUGCUGGAGAAGGUGGCCGCGGAGCCCCCCUCCUCGCCCGCACUCCCCCUGGUGGAAGCCCAGGAGCCGGGCAGUGCCCCUGCCCAGAGCCAGGGUGUGGAGGACGAGAGCGUGGUCCACUGCGACAGCCUACAUUACUGUCCCAGUGGGACCACCUGUUGCAGACACCCCACCGGGCUGUGGUUCUGCUGCCCCUACUCCCCUGGGAGAUGUUGCCUGGAUGGGUACCACUGCUGUCACUAUGGCUACGACUGUGAUCCCACCUACACUAAGUGUAUCAGGCGGGGCCUGAGGUACCCUGACCCGCCGACCCUGCCCUCCGCCUCUACCCCUGCCACCCGCAGGCUCGCCCUGCCCGAAGGCCCGGCCCUUGCAGAGGAGGUCACGCUCACAGCUCUCGUACCGGCCAGCAACACCAACGGCCCUCAAGCGGGAGUCAUUCGAUGUGAUUCUAGAUUCUACUGCCCCUCUGGAACAUCGUGCUGCCGUUUACCGUCUGGCGGGUGGGGCUGUUGCCAGUACCCCCUGGGCCAGUGCUGUGGAGAUGGUCUGCAUUGUUGUGAAUAUGGAUACACUUGUGACCCAAACUCCACAAAUUGCAGGAAAUGGUACUCUCAGGUUCCCGCGGCUCGCAAGGAGGAUGCAAAACAAGACUAACAUAUUUCCAUAAACUUUUUCUUUUUCUAAACUUUUUUCUAAUCAAUUUUAUAAUGCAAUCAAUUCGCAACUCUAUCUCCUACGUACUGUAAAGUAUCGAGAACAGAGGUACUCAAGACAACUGUAAUAGUAUGAAUUUCUGGUCAAUAAAUUUCAAUAGCAAA